AUGGCGCACCGCACGGAAAAGAGCCAAUUGAAGCGGCCUCGCGGCUCGCUGCCAGAAGAAGGCACCGACAACAAGAAGCCUCGCCGGUCCGACCGCCUGGCCCAGGUCGAUCCCGACAAGACGCCCGUGUCGCGCGAGCAUCAUCUGCCGUCUCCCGUCACAAACAACGCCACCGAGGGCUCGACCGAGCUGCCCAAGGAGCACACCGCGACGCCCCCCGUCGCCACGGCCGAUGAGCUGACGCCCCGAAAGACGCUCGAAGGGCAGAGCCAGAGCCAGGCGCUGUCAUCGCCGCCGCAGGACACUCAGCCGCUGAGUCAGUUCAUCGACCGGCAUCCGGCACUGUCUGACGACGUUGUUGACGAGCUGAAGGAGGGCGUCUGGGGCUAUCUGGUGCCCCUCGAUCCCAAGUACGGCGACAAGCCUCUGGUGCUGAAGAAACGCGUCGCAUGCCCCAUUCCCAAUGAUGUUGAAGCUGUUGCGGAUGGCAAGGAGAAGAGCAAGAGCAAGGAUUCAAAGCCCGUCAAGGAUGAAGAGACGUAUGAGAAGACCAAAGUGAAGGGUGUUGCAGCUGGUGGAUAUCUCAUCGGCCGUCACGCCGAGUGUGAUGUGGUCGUCAGCGAAGGAGUCGUCUCCAACCGACAUUGCCUUAUCUUCGCAGAAAACGUUGGGACGGAUACCGUAGCGGUUGUCGAGGAUGUCUCGAGCAACGGAACGUACGUCAACGAGGCCCUCGUGGGGCGCAACCAGCGUCGCGAGCUGCAGGAUCAGGACGAGAUCGCCGUUCACGGCAAAGCAAGAUUUGUCUUCAGAUACCCCCAGAGCCGGCAGACGAGCGCGUUUUCACAACAGUACACGCUCUUGGACAAGCUCGGCAAGGGCCAUUUCGCAGAGGUCUAUCUGUGCGUAGAGAAGUCGACCGGCAAGCGAUAUGCCGUCAAGAUCUUCACCCAGCAUCCCGGCAAGGACAACAGGUCCAAGACGGAAGGCCUGCAGCAGGAAAUUGGCGUUCUCAUGGGCGUCAGCCACCCCAACGUGCUCUGUCUCAAGGAUACCUUUACCGAGCGCGACCACGUCUACUUGGUCCUCGAGCUGGCACCGGAAGGCGAGUUGUUUAACUACAUUGUUCGGAAGCAGAAGUUGAGCGAGGAUGAGACGAGAAAGCUUUUCCGCCAGCUCUUCCAAGGCGUCAAGUAUCUGCAUGAUCGUAACAUCGUACACCGAGAUAUCAAGCCAGAGAACAUCCUCCUUGUGGAUCAGGAAUUGCAUGUCAAGCUGGCCGAUUUCGGACUGGCAAAGAUUAUAGGAGAAGAAUCCUUCACAACGACGCUCUGCGGGACUCCCAGCUAUGUCGCCCCCGAAAUUCUAGCCGAUGGAAAGCAUCGGAAAUACACCAAGGCCGUCGACAUCUGGUCGCUCGGCGUUGUGCUGUACAUUUGCCUCUGCGGUUUCCCGCCCUUUUCCGAUGAGCUCUAUUCGCGAGAUUUUCCUUUUACGCUCUCCCAGCAAAUCAAGAGCGGACGCUUCGAUUAUCCAUCGCCGUACUGGGACUCGGUUGGUGAUCCAGCCCUCGACUUGAUUGAUUCCAUGUUAAUCGUGGACCCGGAGCGUCGAUUCACGAUCGACCAGUGCCUGAGACAUCCAUGGCUUAACGCCAACGCACCGGCUGUGAAUGAUAGCACCGGGGGGCUGGUUGAUGGCAUUGGGGGACUGGAGGUCAACCGCCGAGCUCCUGUUCGGGAAAGAACACUACUGGCGUCGCUCAAUUCCGUUUCUGUCGCUGCUGAGAUAGACGGCGGAAACAAGGGAACUCCCAUCAAGGUGUUUUCUAAGAACAAACACAAAGCGAAUGUUCCCCACGAAGCCGGCCCGGCUCACCACCGAGCGCCUGAGGAAUUCAUGGAGAUGGGCGGCAAGGGAGACCAGCAGCUGUUUGACGAUGACACUGGGAGCAUCUACCCUUCGGCCGACAUCGCUAAGAAGAAGGAAGCGGAGAAACCAAACGGCAAAUAA